AUGUCAGCAAAAACAGAGCGCCCCCUCCUGCAUGCGGCGUGCUACUGCAUCUUCCCCUUUCCGACAGAACAGACCCUGCUGUCAGCUCCUUUGGAGUUCUGCGGUAUCACGUGCCAAGCUUUAACCUACACAGGUAAGGAGCAGAGGAUGAGGCUGGGCUGCCUUGGCCUCCUGUCUGAGAAACUAGCGAGGAUGGUGUGCAUGUCGGCACAUGUCACGCAUAACAGAUAUCACUGCACCAGCUCUGCAAACUACUACAGGAAAAUGAGUGUGCUGAGGUCAUGCCAGAGACAGAGACCAGGUGAAGUCAUGGGCGCAGAGGUGUGGUUUGGAGAGAAACCAAGUUAUGGAGCAUUAGACAUGGAUGUGUUGGAUACUGUUUGGCCGUAUCUAGCAGGAUUUCAGAUCAAAGGAAGCCUGCUUUGCUGGAAGCUGUUUAAGAUGGUACCCAACUGUACUGAGGUACAUGCAAAGAACAGCUAUGAGGAAAUGCACCAUGUGGAGACCCCUACGCUUAAUAGCGUGUGGAACCCUAUGCUUAAUAGCAGAAAUAAGGUUUGCAAAUUCACUAGCUGCUCUCUGCGCUAUUUCUAUCUUACCUUCCAUUUUUCCUUCCCUUUCCCUUGUUCUUUGUUUCUUUCAUUCUUUCUCUCAACCUCUCAGGACUGUGCAACAAUGCAGUUCUGUGCCAAUAAGCUGGAUAAGAAAGACUUCUUUGGCCGCUCUGACCCGUUCAUGGUGUUCUACAGAAGUAAUGAGGACGGAACGUUCACUAUCUGCCAUAAAACUGAAGUGGUAAAGAAUACAUUGAACCCUGUCUGGCAGCCGUUCACCAUUCCUGUGAGAGCGCUGUGCAAUGGAGAUUAUGACAGAACAAUCAAAGUGGAGGUGUAUGAUUGGGAUCGUGAUGGCAGCCAUGAUUUCAUCGGUGAAUUCACCACCAGCUACAGAGAGUUAGCCAGAGGCCAGAGCCAGUUCAACAUAUAUGAGGUGGUGAAUCCAAAGAAGAAGAUGAAGAAGAAGAAAUAUGUAAAUUCUGGCACGGUGACACUGCUGUCGUUCUCAGUGGAAUCGGAGUCGACUUUCCUCGAUUACAUCAAAGGAGGGACCCAGAUCAAUUUCACUGUGGCCAUUGAUUUCACCGCCUCUAACGGAAAUCCAUCCCAGUCCACUUCUCUUCAUUACAUGAAUCCAUACCAGAUGAACGCCUACGCCCUGGCACUGAAGGCUGUGGGGGAAAUCAUCCAGGACUAUGACAGUGACAAGAUGUUCCCUGCACUGGGAUUUGGAGCCAAGCUGCCCCCCGAUGGACGGGUGUCUCAUGAGUUCCCCCUAAACGGCAAUAUUGAAAAUCCAUACUGUAAUGGUAUUGAGGGGAUAUUAGAGGCAUACCAUCAAAGUCUAAAGACCGUCCAACUAUACGGACCUACUAACUUUGCCCCUGUUGUAAAUCAUGUGGCCAGGUACGCAGCUGCAGUCCAGGACGGCUCACAGUAUUUUGUGCUCCUCAUCAUCACAGAUGGGGUUAUAUCAGAUAUGUCACAGACCAAAGAGGCCAUCGUGAAUGUGAGUAUAACCAUUAAAGGAGGACAAGUGUCCAAGCAGUACAGGCUGGAGAAAGUCCAGAUUGCCACUCUGUUCCACUUCCUUGUUACUUCCUUUUUAGACUGCAUACUAACUGAAAUGAAAUCAUAG